AUGUUUGAAACAGCAGAAGGUGAAAAGGAGAUAUUGGAUACAUUAAUUGGUCUCAACAAAUCAUUUGCUAGUUUAAUGAGAAAGGUACGGACAGCAUUUGAUGAGAAGGAAACCUCAGAUUCUAAACUACUCAUUGAUAUAACAAGAUGGAUUGAGGCAUACAUGAACUGGAGUGACAAGUUAACAAAUGCAUCAUUAGAUGAAACUUUCAAUAUUAUUCAUCCAUUUUAUGAUUUUAUUGAUUGUCGUCUGAUAGUGGACAUGAGUGAAGCCUUUCUACAAGGUUUUAAAUUUAGUGAUGAGUUAAAUAUUGUUAGUGUGUUACAACAAUAUCAAGAAAAAGCUGAUAAACUUCGAUUUUCAGCUCAAGUGAAGCAUCUUAAUGAAUCACUGAAGAAAGUAUAUAAAAAACACAUGCUAGAUACAUCAAAUAUGCCAAUGAUUUUAAUGACGCUUCAUAAUCCAUGGCAUGCUAAUGCUAAUCCUCACCUGAAGACAUCAUUUGGAUCAAAUGCUGUAAUGAUUGCUAGUUAUGAUGGUAGCUAUGAGGUUGUUGAGCUAUUGAUUAGUAAAGGAGUUGACUAUAAAUGUCAACGAAAAGAUGGAGUGAAUGCUUUUAUGCUAGCUUGUGAAAAUGGCCAUGCUCAAAUAGUUAAACUGUUACUGGAGAAAUUAAUUGAUCCUAAUGUUCAAACAAAGGAAGGAAUUAGUGCUUUUAUGGAACAAGUUGAUCCUAAUGCCAAAAGAAAUGAUGGUUGGAAUGCUUUUAUGUUAGCUUGCAAAAAUGGUCACACUCAAAUAGUUGAAUUCUUGCUGAAGAAACAAGUUGAUCCUAAUGUUCAAAACAAAGAUGGUGUUACUGCUUCAAUGAUUGCCAGUGCUAAUGGCCAUUAUGAAGUAGUUAGGUUAUUGUUAGAAUGGAAAGCUCCAACUAUUAAAUCUAAUGAAGGGUGUACUACAUUCAAGACUGGUGAGAUGUUUAGAUCUACAUUAGUUACAAUCAAACAGAAUGAAGAUAGUAGAUCUAUACCUGUGUAUAAAAAUUUAAUGAAAGAGGAACAUCUGCUUGGAUUUCAAAAACAAACACUACCCAAUAGAUGCGACAUUAUCACAGGUAAACGAAUUGAGCGCACGACUACAGGAUCUGAAGCCUCUGGAUCCAGCGGAUAUUUUACAGGCCCUGGAUCAGAUUGUUAG